UUGACAGUGAUGCGCCUCGCUCCUCUGCCACUGUCUAUAUAUCUGCCCUCUAUCCCGCUCCAUUGCUCUGAGGCGCCCUUCCCUUUCCUACCUCUGAAACUCUCUCUCGGGCUUGCCAUUUCACUCAGCGCUGGUCCCUCCUAUGCUCUCUAUGCUCGUCUUCCCUUCAUAGCCUCGGCCCUUCGUCUUCCUCCAUGGAUCCGCGCUAAAUGCAUUGCGAGUCUGCAAUCUUGUAGCAUUCCUUCCUGUUCCAUCUGCCGCAAGAUGUAAGCAGGGUCUCACUUGACACACCGAGUGGGCAUUCAGAAUAUACCCUCAGAUCUUCUGUCUGAGAAAAAGCGACGCCCUUUUUGGUCCGGGCAAUGGAGGAGAGCUUCGUGCCCCUGCGGGGCAUCAAGAACGACCUCCAUGGGAGGCUCGCCUGCUACAAGCAGGACUGGACCGGAGGGUUCCGCACCGGUAUCAGGAUUCUGGCGCCGACCACCUACAUAUUCUUUGCGUCCGCGAUACCGGUGAUAUCGUUUGGAGAGCAAUUGGAGAGGAACACGGGUAAAUGGGACAGUCAAAAUUUGUACUUCGUGUUAGUUGCAGUACAGUUGACCAGUGGGUGGGGAGAGAAGCUUAUUUUGGGGCUAAAUUUGUUGUGUGCAGAUGGAGUUCUCACAGCAGUUCAGACGUUGGCAUCCACUGCCCUGUGUGGCAUAAUCCACUCCAUUGUGGGAGGGCAGCCUCUACUGAUCCUUGGCGUCGCCGAGCCGACAGUGCUCAUGUACACAUUCAUGUUCAACUUCGCCAAGGACAGGCCUGAACUCGGCCGAAAUCUGUUCCUUGCCUGGACCGGUUGGGUCAGUGUAUGGACAGCCAUUCUGCUGUUCUUGCUGGCGAUACUAGGUGCGUGCUCGAUCAUCAACCGGUUCACCCGCAUUGCAGGCGAGCUGUUUGGGCUUCUGAUUGCUAUGCUCUUCAUGCAGCAGGCUAUCAAGGGGCUCGUUGAUGAGUUCCGCAUUCCUGAAAGGGAAAACCGAAAGGCACUGGAGUUUGUUGCAUCAUGGCGCUUUGCCAACGGGAUGUUUGCAAUCGUCUUGUCAUUUGGCCUUUUGCUCACUGCCCUGCGGAGCAGGAAGGCACGAUCAUGGCGCUAUGGAGCAGGUUGGCUGCGUGGCUUCAUCGCCGACUAUGGUGUUCCACUGAUGGUGCUAGUAUGGACUGGAGUUUCUUACAUACCUUACAGAAGUGUACCAAAAGGAAUUCCACGACGCCUUUUCAGCCCCAAUCCAUGGUCCCCUGGUGCAUAUGACAAUUGGACUGUUGUCAAGGAUAUGGCACAUGUUCCGCUCCUCUAUAUCAUCGGUGCCUUCAUACCAGCAACAAUGAUUGCUGUUCUCUACUACUUCGAUCAUAGCGUUGCAUCUCAGCUUGCUCAGCAGAAAGAGUUCAAUUUGAGGAAGCCUCCAUCCUUCCACUACGAUUUGCUUCUCUUAGGCUUCCUGACCUUACUGUGUGGCCUUAUUGGUAUCCCUCCAUCAAAUGGUGUCAUUCCACAGUCACCCAUGCAUACAAAGAGCUUGGCUACUCUCAAGCAUCAGCUGCUUCGUAACCGGCUAGUAGCCACUGCACGGAAGAGCAUGAGUCAGAAUGCUAGCUUGAGCCAACUGUACGGCAGCAUGCAGGAUGCUUAUCAGCAGAUGCAGACACCGCUUGUUUAUCAGCAACCAUCUGUCAGAAGAGGCUUAAAUGAGCUCAAGGACUCAACAGUUCAGCUAGCUUCAAGCAUGGGUAACAUUGACGCACCAGUUGAUGAGACAGUUUUUGACAUAGAGAAAGAAAUUGAUGAUUUGCUGCCCAUCGAAGUCAAGGAGCAGCGCUUGAGCAACUUGCUACAGGCUACCAUGGUGGGAGGUUGUGUCGCUGCAAUGCCGCUACUCAAGAAGAUCCCAACAUCUGUCCUCUGGGGCUAUUUUGCCUUCAUGGCCAUUGAGAGCUUGCCUGGUAACCAGUUCUGGGAGAGGAUCUUGCUGCUCUUCACUGCUCCCAGCAGAAGAUACAAGGUGCUAGAAGAGUACCACACCACGUUCGUCGAGACUGUGCCAUUCAAGACGAUAGCCAUGUUCACAUUGUUCCAGACAGCAUACCUGCUGGUCUGCUUUGGAAUCACAUGGAUCCCGAUAGCUGGUGUUCUUUUCCCCCUCAUGAUCAUGCUCCUGGUUCCAGUCAGGCAGUACAUCCUCCCCAAGCUCUUCAAAGGUGCACAUCUGACUGAUCUGGAUGCAGCAGAAUAUGAGGAAUCACCUGCUAUACCAUUCAGCCUUGCUGCGCAAGAUAUCGAUGUUGCAUUGGGACGCGCCCAGAGUGCAGAGAUCCUAGAUGAUAUGGUCACAAGAAGCCGGGGCGAGAUCAAGCGUCUGAACAGCCCGAAGAUCACUAGCUCAGGUGGCACACCUGUGGCAGAACUGAAAAACACCCGCAGCCCUUCCAUUUCUGAAAAGGCAUACAGCCCUCGGCUCACUGAGCUCAGGCAUGAGCGCAGCCCUCUGGGAGGGAGAAACAGCCCUAGGACGCCAUCCAAGUUGGGUGAAGGCUCAACACCAAAGUGAAUAAAUCAAUAAUGCAUUGCUUAGAUAAGCUAAGCAGCUACUGGAAGUCAGCUAUAUGAGUGAUUUCGGUAUUAGGUGUUAAAAGAAAGAGCGUUUUCAGUGUUAGUAUCCUUAUAUGAGAUGUCCUCUGAUGAAGUAUGAUAUGAAUAUCUCUAGCCUCUCUUUCUUCUUCUCUUUCUCAUGUUCUCCUGAUUUAAGGAGUACCAUAUCUGUAAUCUCUGAACUAGAGGAAUAUUAGAGUGACUACUUGGAAAUACUGAGUUCCACUAGCGGAUUAUCAUUCUUUA